AUGCAUUUGAAACAUAAUGGUGAUGUUUUAAUUUUCAACACUCUUACUAUUGUAUACGGUAAAAAAAGGAAGAAAGAAAAUCGUCCGAGGAGACAAAGAACGACUUUUUCUAACGAACAAACGUACAAUUUAGAAAUGGAAUUUCAACGUAACGAAUAUGUUUCGAGAGGGAAAAGAUUUCAAUUGGCUGAAAAAUUACAAUUGACGGAAACUCAAAUAAAAAUAUGGUUUCAAAACAGGAGAGCUAAACAUAAAAGAAUCGAAAAAGCUCACAUGGAUCAACAGUACAGGUAUGACUGA